CUUAGGAAUAAUCGCGUUUCUUGGGAUCCCCGUAUGAGCAAUGUUGAGGUCAGACGAUGGAUGCUAGGCAAGACAGACAAGUCGAUCGAUGAGGUUGUAAAUUUUAGUCAACUGAGAUGGCUUGGACAUAUACUGCGCAUGCCAAGCCACCACCUACCUCAACGUGCUAUGCUUGGAGGAAGUCAGAUUAGGUUGGAAAAGGGUUCACGAUGGUCAGACCAAGAAAUGGCAACAGUUCAUGAAGUCUCUAACUGUUGGUCUGACGCGUGUGUGAUGUUCUUUCCCUGGCUAGAGCCCCCGAGAUGACAGGAACCAAUGGU